GAUGUCCACGGAUGAUGUUGGGCUGAAGUCGGUCGAAGGUUGAUCAGGGCUUGACCAAGCGCGACCGAGACACGUUUGGCAUUCCUAUUCUGCGUCGAUGAGUCUGGUACAAAUGCAGGACGUGUUCCAGGACCGCUUUACAAUGUCACCGUGGCGUGCUUGUGCUCGAUGCGGUUUCUCAAUCUUUGUCGCCCACAAAACAAUUUUCAAUUCUCCCUUUGUCUUGCAUCUACAACGCCUCCUAGUCGAGACAGAGUCCUCCGUUCGUCCCAACGCAGACGACAUGGCUACACCGUCACCAUCGCAGAGAAUCGCCGAGUUGUCCCCCUGGCCGCUAUGGGGGUUCCUCAACCCUCAGCGAUGGUUGCCAGAGGGCUUCCCCCAAGUCCCCAUCGUUGUUGAGGACAUCGACCAGCCCGAUAUCUACGGGAUCUACGCGCGUCUUUCCUGUCGAUGCGAUAUCGACAAAUCGGUCGAUGAUGCGGUUGAAGACUCCCGAGACCCAGCCUUGGAGCGACAACAGAGGGGCAGGGUGUAUGACCCAUGGGGCGACUCAGAGUAUGUGGCACUCCCUUCUCAUCAGCGACGUCGUACGACUUGCUACGGACAGACUCCUUACGCUUCAAGUAGAUCAACAUCGUCGAACGAGCCGACCGACCCCUAUGAGCUGAGCGUAGAGUACUGGCAUCGUAUGGGGAUGCAGGCGGAGCUCGACAUCGUCAAGGAGCAGCUGGAGCGCACCCAGGCGUCAUUGAAGACCCUGCAGGAUCAAAUGGUAUUGAGAGAACUGCAAGAGGGAUAUCUUGAGAACGUCAUACAGCUCUCCAGCCUAGAACUCGAGCAGAAGAUCAGAGCUGAGUUGGUGCCGCAACUCAAGGCUGAGAUCAAGGCCGAGCUUGAGGAAGAGCGAAGACCCGAGCCUGAGGAAGAGGAAAGACGGAGAAGAGCUCAAAUCAGCAUGUACAUCUAGCGACAAGGAAAGGCACGCGCAGAGCUCAUCCACGAGUGCGGAG